GGAAGCAACAUGGCUAAAGAGUACGACUACCUGCUGAAGGUGCUUCUCGUCGGCGAUAGUGACGUAGGAAAGCAAGAAAUCCUAUCCGGAUUGGACGACGGCUCAUCGGAGAGCCCGUUCUGCAGUGGAAGCACUGCAUACAAAACAACCACAAUCCUGCUCGACGGCAAGCGGGUCAAACUACAAGUGUGGGACACCUCCGGCCAGGGUCGCUUCUGCACCAUCAUCCGGUCCUACUCCCGCGGUGCUCAGGGCAUCAUUCUAGUGUACGACAUAACCAACAAAUGGAGCUUCGAUGGGCUGAGCCGGUGGCUAAAAGAAGUGGAAGAGCACGCCCCGGGUGUCCCAAAAGUCCUGGUCGGCAAUCGGUUGCAUUUGGCCUUUAAGCGGCAGGUCGCGGCCAAACAGGCCGAACUGUACGCCUCCCGAAACAAGAUGGCCUGCUUCGAGAUUUCCCCACUGUGUGAUUUCAACAUCCGGGAGUCGUUCUGCGAGCUGGCCCGGAUGGCCCUGCACCGGAACGGGAUGGAACGGAUCUGGCGCUCGAACAAGGUCCUAUCGCUGCAGGAACUGUGCUGCCGGACGAUUGUCCGGAGGACCAGUGUCUACGCGAUCGAUACCCUGCCACUUCCUCCCUCCGUCAAAUCCUACCUAAAGUCGUACGCCCUGACCUCGUCGCAGUGUUUGAACACGUUCCUGCACCACAACACGGCGCCGGCGUCCAACGCCAAAAACUUCAAGUGCAAAACUCCCACCGGCCAUCUGAAGCUGCAUCGGAGCGGCAUAGGCAUCGGCAGCGGGGGUGGCGGGGCCAGCAGUGCCAUCGGAAACAUGCGAAACAGCUGCGUGAUAUCCUGAUUGACGUCGAUCGUGGCGUCGCUGCGGCGCCUCUUCAUCCGACGGCGGCGACGCCGGGCGCGGAACGACGGCGAUGGGAAUGGCGGAAGCCGCCGGAGUAGCCACCACAGUGCUUCGGCGGUUAUCAUCGGGAACACCACGGCCACCAUCACCGGGCGUCGAACGGUGCCGGUUGGGUCGCAGGGGGGCGGCGGAGGAGCGGAAGGGCCGGUUCAGCGUCGCGGCGGUGCUCGGCAUGGGAGGAGCAGCAGCAGCAGAAGCAGUGGGUGUUGUUUUUAGGGACGAAGCGUUUUUAGUAAGUACUAGAAAGUUUGUUUUCUUCAUUAACUAUGAUCUGUUUUUUUUUACUAUUAUUUAAUAGAAAGAGGGGUUGCUUAACUUGUUUGUUUUUUGUUAGGAAUGGCGCGAAUUUCUUGCUUUUGAAAUAUUCUUUUUUUUUAGUUAUUUUCUUUUUUUUAUGAUUACAUCAUUAUUAGCUCUGGAACUCCGUUGAAUACAGAUUGGAUUGACUUCAUCAUUAUGAAUUUAAAUGCAUGGGUUAGGGUUAAUUUGAAGAGAUAAUACAAGCUGUGUUUGUUGGUUUCUAUAACAUGUAUUUACACAGACCUACCAGAAAUUCUAAAAUCAUACGAAUGUCCUCCGGAAUUUCUUCUAGUCGUUCCCCCGAAGGCUCCACGGAGAAAUCCUUCAGUAGUUCUUUCGGGAGUUCCGCUAGGAGUUCCACUGGGAAUUCCUUCAGGGGUUCGUCCGGGAAUUUACCGUUUACAUUUUACCGGGAAUUCUCUAUGAUAUCGCCUAGGAAGUUCUCUUGGAGUUAUAUUGAAAAUUUCUCUUCUAGUUCCACUGGGAGUUUUUGUUUGAGUCCCUUCGGAAAUUCCUUUACGCGUUCCACUAGAAAUUCCUCUACUAGUUUACUACUACUAGGCUGUGUCCCAGAAGUGUUUCUUCGGGAAUUCUUCUAGGAAUUUCCACUGGUAGUUCCUCCAUGAAUUCUUCCGGUAAUAUCUCUUGGAGUUCUACUGUUAAAUUCUAUAGGAAAUCCAAUGAUAAUUCUCUUUGUGCUCUGCCGGGGAUUUCUAUAAGAGUUCCACUGAAAAUUCCUCUUGCAGUUUUUCGGGAGAGCCCUCUGGAAGUUCAUACGGCAAUUCUUGACGAAUCCUUCCCAAGAAUCCCUUUAGGAGUUUCUCCGGGUAUUAUCCUGGGAGCUGUUCCGAGAAUUCCACUAGCAGUUGCCCCAGGAAAUCAUCUAGGAGUUGUUCUGGGAAUUCCUCCAUGACUUCCUCUAAGAAUUCCACUGGAAAUUUCUCUAAAAGUUCCUGAGCAAAGUUCCACGGAAAGUUCUGGAGGAGUUUUUUUUUCGGGAAGUCAACUAAGAGUUCCUCCGGGAAUUUCUCUAGGAGUUUAACCAGGAACGCCUCUAGAAGUUCAUCUGGUAAUUCCUCUAGCAGUUCCAUUGAAAAUUCCUCUUGGAGUUCCAUUGAGAAUCCCUUUAGAAGUUUCCACUAGGAGUUCAUCUUUGAAUUGGUCUUGGAAUUUCCCUAGGAGUUCCACUAGGAAUAGGACAGAUCAGUGAAGUACUAGAUUUGUAGUAAUGAGCUGAAUUUUAGUAUGGUGAGAAGGUCAAUUCUCCGUUUCUCCAAUGAAAUGGUGCAAAAAGCGUGGGUAUUAUGAUUCCUUGCCUAAUUUGAUGCUGUUUGAGCAAAACUUUGGACAACAGUGUUGUUGUUUUCUUCAUUUCUUGCAACAUAAACAACAUAGUUAUCCAAAGUUUUGCUCAAACAGCAUUAAAUUAGGCAAGAAAUCAUAAUACCCACGCUUUUUGCACCAUUUCAUUGCAGAAACGGAGAAUUGACCUUCUCACCAUACUAAAAUUCAGCUCAUUACUACAAAUCUAGUACUACACCGAACGUGCCCCAUUCUUCUGAAUUCUACGAGGAAUAUCUCCAGAAGUUCUUCUGGAAAUUUCUUUAUAAGUUAUACAGGAACACUGAGAAUGCUGCUAGAAGUUUCCACUGGGAGCUCCUCUAUGAAUGCCUCCGGGAUUUCUGUAGGAGUCCUACUAGGAAUUUUCCGAGGCGUUCCACUAGGAAUUCUUCUGAGUUGUUCCGGGAAUUUCUCUAGCAGUUCCUCCGCGAAGUCCUCUAGAAGUUCAUUCUGACAUUUCGGAUUUCCUCCAGGAAAUUUUCUUUAAAGCUCCUGUAGGAGUUCCUACGCAAUUUUUUCUAGGAGUCCCUUCGGGAGUUCCUGUAAGAGUUAUGUCGGGAAUUCCUGUUGGAUUUUUUCUCGGAAUUCAUCCAAUACUUCCUCCGGGACUUGUUCUACAAGAACCUCCGCGAGUUUCUGAAGGAGUUGCACCGGAAAUUCAGUGAGAGUUCGUCCGGGAAUUCUUCCAGAAACUCCUGCAAAAAAUUCUAGGAGAACCUGUCAUGCUUAGAUAGGCCGGAUCGAAAGUCUUAACAUCCUAUGUGUGGAGAAAUUAUUGAAAUGGUUUUGGAAAAUUUCCAUGACAAUUUAUGAAAAAAAAAAAAGACAAUUCACAAAUACCUAGGGAUUCCCAAACACACUUCGAUAGAACGGAGCUUUAUGUACAGCGUGGUUUGAAGUAUCGCAUAGCUGAGGAAGUUCAUCCUGGAGGUUCUCUGGAUCAGCUCUUUCACGAAUUUCUUGGGAUUUUUUUUUCAGAAGUUUGCCAAAGAAUUCCACCAGGAAAUUCAGUUCCUCGGAAAAUUUUCAAGUUUUAUUUACGAUUUUCUUCGGCACAUUCCCUGCCAAUUUUCUUCAGGAAUUCACAUAAAUUCAUUGGCAAGUUCCUGGGCAAUUUCAACAGGAGAUUCUCUGCAAAUUAAGUUUUCCUUGGUAGUUUCUUGGAUGAAUUCUUAGGGAAAGUUUUUUAGAGUUUCGUAGGAACUCAUGAAGUGUACAUUUCUGCAGUCUUGUUGAGUUUUGAAAUUGGUUUUCAGUAUAUUUCUAAAAAAUAUUCGGCCUCUGUUCCUCGAGAAAUUGCUCGAGUAGCUCCUGUGGAAUCUUCAUCACAUUUUUUUUUGGAGUAUGGUGACAAAAUUGUGCUAGGGAAAUGUCAGGAUUUUACAAAUUCAUGUCUUAACCUACUUAGAAUUUUGUCUCGAAGUUCCUCAGUAUCUAGUUUUUAUGAUUUUUCCUGUAUUUGAACGAAUUUCUUUGGGAUCUUGGUAACGGUCCCCGAGGGGUACAUCAGGAAUUUCAAACUAUGGUUUCAUAAAACAAUAAAUACUUGUAGAGUUCUUCGAGUAUUUCUAACCAUUUUUUUCACACAUUCCCUGAUAAUUUCUUUCAGAAGAUUCACUUGAAAAUGUCUGCAGAAAUUCACGGGGAAAUUUCUGCAGGAGCUUUUCGGAAAAAGUCCGCAAGUAUUCCUUAGUAGGCUCCUCUGUGAAUUCAUAGGGAAAGUUUUACACAGCUUCUCAGGAAAUCGUGCAUUACCAAUUUCUUUGGCAGUUGCUUAUAAAAUUCUUCCCGGAGGUUAUCUGUAAUUCCUCCUCACUAAAGCCCUAAAAAAAUCAGGCAAUAGUUCGAAACAGAAACAGUUCGAACAGAAAUUCGUCUCGAAGUUCCUUGAGAAUUUGACUUCAUAUGUUGCCUUCACGACGUUUCUACAUGAAUUCCUUUAGGAUCUUCUUUAUGGUUACUAAGAAAGGAUUCACAAUGAAGAUUUAUGAGGAAAUUUAAGUUUAGCUGCAAUUUCUCUAGUAGUUUAUCCAAUGAAUUUUCGAUCUACUUUUACAAGCAAUUCUUAACUCUUGUAUCCUGCGUUUCGUUUUUGCGUAAUUUCAAGAUGUUUAUCUAUAACAUUUUCUAAGAUCUGUUUUGAUUUUUUGAAUGAUGAACAGAAAGAACAUCUGAAAAAUGUAGAGAAAUGCUUAUUUAAACAUUUUUUAUAUACUUUCGUUGAAAUGAUCUUUAAGAAGAAAUAUUUUAUACUAGAAAUAGUAAGCUUUAUGCUGAAGUAUCUUAAAACUAGAAAAGUUCAUCGGGCGAAUUUUUCGGCAAUAAAUUCAACAGUUUUCUGUGAAAUUCUCUAUGGUCCACUGCACGAAUUUAUGCUGGCCUGCUUACUCUCACGCGAAAUUUGACGUUUGAGCGGUGCCGACACCGCUCAAACGUCAAAUUUCACGUGAGAGAAAGCAGGCUAGAAUAAAUUCUGGCAGUGGACCAUAGAUUUCCUUAAGAAAUAUCCGCAAGAGCUUUUUGAUCAGUUCUGAAAGAUGCUCCCAGGGGAAUUUCUUCAGUCAAUGUACAAGUUUCCCGAAAGUUAUCAAAGUAGUCUCUUGUCAUUUACCAAAGAAUUUCCCGAACAAUUCCAGUUAAAGAUUCUCUGCAUCUUCCUUAGAUAUUUUUCGAAGAAAUUUCUCGAAGAUGUCUUGGCAAUGUCCCUUAGGAAUAUCACGGGUCUCAUAGUUUCUCUGAAAUUUCCUUCCGAAGUUCUUCAGAAAUUCGCUCCAGGUGUCCUUCGAUAAAACCAUCCAGAAAUUCUGCUGGAAAUUUCUCAAAACAAUCGUCUCGAAAUUUCUCCAGAAGUAUCUGGAAAAGUUCCUUUAGAAGUUCAUCUGAAAAUUCCUUCAGGAAUUACACAGGGAGUUUCAGUAAGAGUUACUCGGAAAGCUUAUCAUGGUUUUCCUGGAAAAUGCCUCCAGAACCUCCUGGGAAAAUUUCUCAAGAAAAUUACUAUAAAAUCCCCUCUAAAAUUUUUUAAGUAUUCCUCCAGCAGUUUUUUUUUCUAUAAUUUCUUUCGAAAUUCCUCCAAAUAACUCCUGGAGUUUCAUAGAACUUUCAGUAUUCAGUCUGUUUCUUGGGACAUAUCCGCACAAAUUCCUCGGGGAUUUGUUCCAGAAAUUAAACGAAAAAAAUAUUAAAAAGCUUCAAGAAAACUUCCUCUUAAAAUCGCUCCUAGAACUCUUCCAAGAGGGCCCCAAUAAAUUCUUCCAGGAGUUUUUCGAGCAAUUUCUCCGGAAGUACUUUGGGAAGUUCCUACAGUAGCUUCUCGGGAAAUUGCUUCAGGUUGUUCUCAGAAAAAUCAAGACAAUUAUUUCAGAAGUUUCUAUGGAACUCCUUCCUCGAGAAUUUCUUCUUGUAGUUUUAUGGGAAAAUCUUCUUAAAAUCAUCCAGGAAAGCAAUUGGAAAGUUUCUUGGGAUCUUUUAAAUCUUUUUAGCCUUGAAGCAAGUUCUUUACUUGUUAUUCGAAAAUUGUCUGCAGGGAUUCACGAUCAGGAGUUGCAGAGAACUUCUUUAAUAGUUCAUCUAUGAAUUCUCUUGUAUUUAUUAAAGAAAUUCCACCAAUUCCUUGGAAAACACUUUCUUGAAUUCUUCGGGAAAUCCCCUGGGGACAACCUCUUUAAGUUCCUUUAGAAAUCCCUCGGGAGUAAAAAAAAAUCCUUCUAAAGUUAUUCAGAGAACUUCAGCAGUGGUUGCUGCAGAAAUUUCUAUGCAAUAUCUUCAGAUACUACUCUGAAAGUUAUUUCAUGAGUUUCUUGAGAAAUCACUCGAAGAAUUUCUUGGAAGAAAUUCCCUGAAGAGAAGUUUCUUCAGGACAACAAAAAUUCCUUCAAAAGUUACUUGGCGGAUUUUUUUUCCCGAAGAACUGGAGCUUUCUCCAGGAGUUCCUCAGGGAAUCUCUGGCAAAUUCUUUCAGGAGCUCAAAAAUCACUCAAAUAGUUUCUUGGAAAUUUUCUCCAUGAAUAUCUUCGAAGAUUGCAACUGGAAUUCUUAGGGUAAUCUCUCUUAGAAGUAAUCGGGAAAUCUACUAAAAGUUUGUCAGAACAGGAAUUUCAGGAAUUAUUCGAGAGAAUCUUCCGUUAUAUAUUCGGGAAGUUCUUCGGGAGUUGCUAAGGAAAUUCCUCCUGGAGUUCCUUGAGAAAUUUCUUCAAGAAAAGUUCCUUUUCCUUACCUGAAGAAAUCCAUAGAUAAAUUCCUCUGGAACAACUCUGAAAGUUCCUCCACGAGUUCGCCAGUAAAUUCCUCCAGGAAUUAUUCGGUAACUAACUCCAAGAAUUCCUCUAGGAGUUGGUGAGGGAUUUCUCGGAAGAGGGAUGGACAUUUCUUCUGGGAUUCCUUGGGAGAUUCCAGCUGGAGUUCCUAGGGUAAUCUUUCGUAGAGAAAAAUCUACUAGAAGUUUCAGAAACUGCAGAAACUUCUUCAGGCGUUCCGCGAAUUCGUCCGGAAAUCUCUCCAGGAGUUCCUCAGGAAAUUCCUUUAUGAAAUGCUUAGGAAAUUCAUCCCAGAGCUCCUCGGAGAAUUCAGCAUUAGUCGCUGGAGAAAUUCUUGAAGAUAUUCUUUUAGAGCUACUCUGAAUGCUCCUUCAUGAGUUCACCAGGAAAUUUUCCCAGGAGAUAUUCGGGAAAUAUCUCGAAGAAGUUCACCAGCACUUGCUUGGGAGUUCCUCAGAAAGUUUAUUGGGAAUUAUCUUCAUGGAUUUAUUGGAGGGUGCUAGCUGGAGUUCCUAGGAUAUUCUCACCUAGACUUAAUGGGCAUAUCUACUAAAAGUUCCGCUAGUAGGUAAUCAAAUAAUUUUCCCUAGAAUUCGUUCCAAAAGGUGUUCGUCCCCUGUUCCUUGGAUUUUUUUUUUCAGAUGUGAAAUUCAUUCAGAAUUUCCUCGAAUAGUUUCUUUAGAAGUUUUAAGAGUUCCUCUGGAAGUUUGCGUGAAAUCGCUUCCAGAAAUUAUUUCAGGAGUAUCUUGGGAGGUCUCCAGGAGCUCCUCAGGAAAUCACUCGGAGAGUUUCUCUAGGGAUUCCUUGGGGGAUUCUAGCUGAACCUUUUAGGGUAAUCUCUCCUGGAGUUAAUCGGGAAAUCUACAAGACGUCCUUCAAGACUAGGAAUUGCAGAAACUCCUCUAGGAGUUCUGCGAUGACAUCCUUCAGCAUAUAUUCAAUUUGUAAAUUUCUUGGGAUAUUCCUUCAGGAGUUCCUCAAGAAAUCACUUCGGGAGUUUCGUAAGAAAAGCCCUCCCAUGUUCCUUGAAAAAUUCUUUCAGAUGAAGUUUGUUCAAAAUUUCCUAGAAUAGUUCCUUCAGAAGCUUUUGAAGUUUCUUUGAAAAAUCGUGAGGAAUCUCUUCAAAAAAUAACUCCAGGAGUUUCUUGAGAGACCUUUCCAGGAGAUUUCUCGCAAAUUUGUGAGGAGCUUUCAAAAAUGCAUUCAAAUAGUUUCUUGAGAAUUUUCUCCAGAUAUUUCUUGAAGGAUUUCAGCUGAAAUUUGUAGGAUAAUCUCUCCUGGAGUCACUCGAGAAAUCGAAUGGAAGUCCUCCAAUAUAUUUUCAAAAAUCUACAAAGUUUCCUCCUGGAAUUCGAUGGGAAAUCUCUCCAGAAAUUUCUAAGGAAAUCAUUUCAAGAGUUUCGUACGAUAUUUUUCCCGGAGUUCAUUGGGAAAUUCCUUUCGUAGAAGUUUCUUUAGAAUUUCUUCGGAAUGCUUAUAAAUUCGAGAAAUCUUACUAGAAGUGGUUCAGGAAAUCACUCGAAAAGUUUAUUAGAAAAUUCUGUAGAUAGUUCCUUGGGAAAUAACUCCAAGUUUUCAUCGGGAAAUUACUCCGGAAGUUUUUUGGAUAAUGCCUUCAGGAGAUUCUUAGGCAAUUGCUUGGGAAAUACAUCCAGAAAUUCUUCUAGGAAUUCAUUGAGUAAUUUUAAUCAGGAGUUACUAACUUGGAAAUUUCCAGGAAUUCAGCGCUAAAAUUUCUAUAUUUGGGAAGAAUUUUCCAAGGAGUUCUUCGACAGAUUCUGCCAAAAUAGUCUCACGAAAUAGCUCCUGGAAUUUCUUCAGAAGUUACCCAACAGAGUUGAAGAAGUUUGUUCUUGAAGGUUUUUUUUUUAUUACCGAACAAAUUAUUGAUGGAAUUCCUAGAUAUUUUGCCAAUAGAGAUUCUGGAAGGAAUACCAAAGCCCAUUCUGGAGAAAUUGACAAAGAGCUUUUUAGGGGCGUUUCAAAAGAACUUCUUGGCGGAAUCGUUGAAGAGGUUUCCUGAAUGAGUCAAAAAACGCAAUUUGACAGAAACUGUUCAAGUAAUUUCAGGAACAAUUGUCAUCGUGAAAAUUGAUGGAAGAGCUUUCGAAGAUACUCAAAGAGGAAUUCCGCCAAAGGCCUUCCAGGAAAUGAAGAAUAUCUGCUGAACAAAUUCCCGGAAGAACUUCUGAUCGUCCACUAGAAAGAAUUACUGAAAGAAUUCCUGAAAUAAUAUUUAUUCUUUCUAGAGAAGUUCUCCUUCCACUUUCUCAGAACAAUUGUCGAAGGGACUUCUAGUUGAAUUAGUAAAAAUAUCAAAGUGACUUCUAGUUAAAUUUGUUGGACUGGAGAAAAAAACAGUUUCUCGAUAAAUUUCUCUUCGAGGUAAUUGGAAAAAAAGUUCUUGGGAAAUUGUCUCAGGAAUUCUUUCAGAAAUUCUUCGAGAAAUUCACCUAAAGUAUUUUAUCCAGAAGCUUUUCAAUAAAUCCCUUGAAAGUUCCUCGAGAAUUCCAGCAGGAGUUCCUAAGAGAUGAACCAGCCAAAGGCUGAAGUCUCUAAAAUAAAGCGAAUUGAAUUGAGGAGUUCCUAAGAAAUUUUUUCUACGAGUUUUCAGGGAAAUACGUUUAGCGAUAGUGAAAUAGUCAUCAGGGAAAUCCAAAAGCUACUCAGAAAACUGUUCCAGAAAUUUAUGAAGAAAUUCCUUUGGAAGUUUCUCGGAACAAUCCUUUGAAUUAACGUCGAGAAGUUUCCCCAUGGGUAUCUCGGAAAGUUCUUUCAAAAGUCCAUCUAGAAAUUCCUCCAGAAGUUCUUUGGGAAAUUUCUUCAGAAAGUUAUUUAAAAAUCAUCCCAGAAGUUUCUUGGAAAUUCCUCCACAACUUUCCACAAUUUUCUCUGAAUACUUUCUAGUCUUGGGAUAUCUCGAGGAAUUUCUCGAAGAAUCAAUUCAGGAAUUUCUUACGAAAUUUUUCCAGAAGUUGGAAAAUUCCCUCAGGACAAGUUUUUUUAUAAUCACAUCAGAGAGUUCCUUUGGAAGUUUCUUAGGAAAUGAAUUUUUCGGAAACUUCCUCCAGGAGUUAUUCAGAAAUUUCGUGCAAAUUCUUUUCCGGAAAUUCUUUGAGCAAUUAGUUGGGGAUACUUUCCGCAAACUUUCUGGAAAAUUCUGUUAGGAACUGAAAUGAAAUCACUGUAACAGCUUCUUAGGAAUUUUCGCCAAGGAUUCCUUGGACGAUUCAGCUGGAGUUUCUGGAGUUCAUCUCGCCUAGAGUUUAUCGAGAACUCUACUAGAAGUUUCUCAUGUGCAGGAACUGCAGAUGCUCAUCUGAGAGUUCUCAAGUAGUUUCUUGAAAAAAUAACGUCAGGAAUUUCUUAAGAAUUGUUCCCCGAAGUUGGAAAAUUUUCUCAGGAGAAGUUUGUUUUUCAGAACCACAUCGGAGAGUUUCUUUUGGAAGUUUCUUAGCAAGUCCCUUUAUGAAUUCUAUAGAAACUUCCUCCAGGAGUCAGAAAAUUCGUGCAAAUUUUUUUCCAGAAAUUCCUCCAGGACUCCAGCUUUUUGGUAUUUUUUUAGGAGCUCCUAAAGAAAUCACUGAAGAAGUUUUUGUUUAGGAAUUUUCUCCACGGAUUUCUUGGGCGAUUCUUGGAGCUUCUGGUGUCAAUCUCUCCAUCUCUCCUAGAGUUUAUCGGGCAAUCUAAUAGAAGUUCAGCAAGAGCAUUAAGUGCAGAUACUCCUCUAGGAGCUCCACUUGAAUACUUCCUCCGGAAGUUUCUUAAGAAAUACUUCCAAAAGAUCCUAGACAAAUUCCUCGAAUAAUUCCUGGAGUUAGUUACGAUAUACCGCCAGGAGCUCCUCUGUAAAUCAUUCGAACAGUUUCUUAGAAGUUUUUUCUAAGGAUUCCUUGGAGAUAUUCUUCUAGAGUUGAUCUAGAAAUUUACUAGAAGUUUCUUAAGAACAGGAAUUGCAGAAACUCUUCUAGGAGAUCUGCUAGAAUUCCGGAAAUUCCUCCAGUAGUUAAUCAAGAAAUUCCUCUUUCACUUAAUCGAGAUCUCUGUAGGAGUUGCUUGGGAAAUCGCUUUAAUAGUUUCAUAAGAAGUUUAUCCCUCAGGAGAAGUUUCUUCAGAACAAUAGCGGAGUGUUCAAUAAGAAGUUUCUAGGGAAACUCCCUUAGGAGUUCCUCCGAUACUUCCUUCGGGAGUUGCUUUGAAAAUUCGCGCGGAAUCUCUUUCAGAAAUUCCUCCAGCAGUCCCUUGAAAGAUAUCUCCAAGAGCUUUCUAAUAAAUUCUUUUUGGAGUUCAUUAUAGGGUCACUUGAAAAGCUUCGUGGGAAAUUUCUUCAGGAAUUGCUUGGGUGAGUUCAGCUGGAGUUCCUAGAGUUAUCGGAAAAUCUACUAGGAGAUCCUCGAAAGUAGUACUCUUAAAGGAAUUCUGUGACUAAAUCCAGUGUUUAUUCAGGAAAUUCCGCAAGUAGUUAAUCAAAAAACAAAAUCCUCCUGGAAUUCAUCGGGCAAUCUCUCUAUGAGUUCCUCAAGAAAAUACUAUUAGAUGCUUAGGAAAUUCCUCCCAGAGUUCCUCGGGGGAUUCCAGCAGUAGUAGCUGGAGGAAUUUCUGAAAGAAUUUCUUUGGAGCUACUCUGAAAGUUCUUUCAGGAAUUUGGCAGGAAAUUUCUUCAGGAGUUAUUAGGAAACUACCUCGAAGAAAAUCCUUCAGGAGUUGCUUAGGUAUCUUCGUAAAAGUUUCUUGGGGAUUUGUUUCAGGGAUUUAUUUUAAAAUUUGUUGAGGAAUCUCUUUAGGAGUUACUCAGGAAAUCACUUCAGGAGUUUCUUAGGAAACUCCUCGCGGAGUUUUUUGGGGAGUUUCUUUCAGUUUCCACCACAUUUUCUAGAAAAAUUCUUAUUCGAAGUUUUUUUUUGAAUCUUUUUAGGAGUUCUUCGAAAAAUUUCGUCAAGAGUUCCACCUCAGGAAAUUCCUCUAGUAGUUACUUUAGAAAUUCCACCUGGUGUUCCUCGAAAACUCCCUCCAGGAGUUCCUCAAGCAAUCACUCCAAGAGAAUUAUUUCAAAAGUUUCUCGGAAAAUCACUCCAAUUGUCACUCAAGAGAUUUUUUCGGAAGUUCCUUUUCAGGAGAUUCCUUCAGAAGCUCCUAAGGUAAUCCAUCUAGGAAUCUCUUUUGAUAUUCUCCAUGGUAUUCAUGGGGGAAAUCUCUUCAAGAUUUUUCAGAUAAUCACUUCCGGACUUUCUUAUGAAAGUUGGAAAUAUCCUUCGGGAGAAGUUUCUUCAGAACUUCUUCGGAAAGUUCUUUUUAAAUACUACUUCCUGGGAGUUCAUAGGAAAAUACCUCUAAAAGUUCCUAGGGAUAUUCAUCUAGGUAUUCCUAAUUUUUGAACGUCUUCUAGAAAGAAAAAAAACAUACUGAUGGACUUCCUAGAUGAAUUUUCUAAUAAAUACCUGGAGAAAUUCCAGAGAAGGUGGAAAACUUCUCAGGAAAAUUGUCGAAGGAACUUUCAGUUCAAUUAGCAAAACGCUUGUAGGGAUGAUUUAAAAAAAAAAAUGGGUCCUUGAGUGAUUAACUCUUGGAGAAAUUGGAAAAAAAAUCUUCUGAAGUUCCUCGGGAAAUUACUUCGGGACUUUUUUUUGAAAUUGUUUCAGGAAUUCCGCGGGAAGAAAGCGUAAGAAGUAAUUGGUUAGUUCCUCCAUAAAAUUAUGAUAGAAUUCCAGCAAGAGUUCCUGUGGAAACACUUUCAGGAAUUCCUUGGGAAAUACAAUCAGACUUUACUCGACGUGUUUCUUCAUGAAAUCUUUGAAAAAAUCUCCAGGGGCUUACUGGAAGAUUGCCAGGAGGAAGCUUCUGUGAAAUUCUUAGUGAAAAAUCUUCGGGGAUUUUAUACGAGUUCUUCAGGAAACCGCUUCGAAAGUGUUUCAGGAUUAUCCUGCAGGAGCUCAUCUGGAAAUAUUUCCAAAAGUUUCUCAGAUUUUUUUUUCCAGAAGAGUUUUGAGAAAUUGGUUCAGUGAUUGUUCGACAAAAUGCUUCAAGAGAUCAUCGGUAAAUUUCGUCAAAAGUUCAUUUAGAAAUUCCUUAGGAAUUUCCCCUGAAUUUCUACGAAAAAUCCAUGUGAAAAAUUCCUCGAGCAACUCAUUCAAGAGCUCUUCGGUUCUUCCAGUUGUUAGUGAAAAUAUUCCCCCUGGAACUUUACAAAAAAUUCCUCCUGGGAAUCACUAUAGAAAUUCAUUGGUAAAUACCACUUUUUUUUUGAAAAUUUGAGUUUCUUGAAAAACUUCUCUGAAAGUUGUUCGGAAAGUUCGAGAAAUUGAAAAAAAAAAUUCCAAUAACUUUCCGGGAAAAUCUCCCAAGAAUUGUUCGGGAAGUUACUCCAGCAAUUCAUCGGAAGGUUCCUCCAACAGUAAAUCGGGAAAUCUCUCCUGAAGUUUCUCGAAAAAUGUUUUCAGAAGCUCAUCGAAAAAUAUCUCUAGCUCUAGUCUUUCUUCAAGAAACUUCUUAAAUAGUUAUUGAAUAAAUUUAUCCUGAAGUUCCUCGGGACAUUUCUCCAGGAGUUUCUCAGCUAAUUAUUUUAGGAGAUUAUUGGUAAAUUCUCCCAGGAGUUCCUGGAAAUAUGUCUCCAGAAAACUCUUAACAAAUUCCAGCAGGAAUUUCGUCAAAUGUAGACCAAACGGUUUUUUUAUCUUCAAGUUGUGUAGAAGUCCAAAAUGAAUCACCAUACCUGAGUUAUGUGAACUUUCCUCAAUAAACAAAAAAUAGAAAAUUUAAAAAACUUACUUUUUGAAAAAAUAGCACAAAAUAUUCGUUAUUCAAAAAUCUUAACAAAACAAAAUUUCUACGUAGCAGUUUGGCAACCUUGUUUUUCUGAAUAGCUGUCACUUGUAGACAUUGCAGUGCUGCCAAAUGUCUUUUGUCUAUUUAGAGAUUUGUUUCAAUGACAAUUUAUAAAAUUUCUUCGCAACCAUUCAGUUUGUUCAACGGCGUUCCCAUAUCUUUUUAUUUCUUUUGCUUUAUUUUGUUUAUUUUUCUCGCCUUUAUUAUGAUUUUUCCCUCUCUCCGUAACCUCGAUUGGUUGUACAGCAGAAACUACUGUGAAGAAUGCUAAGCUAUUCGCCAGACAUUCGUGAACGAUCGAGAUUUGACUGAUUGCGUCUGUUUGUGUAGUAUUCGUGUAUUGGUGUGAAUGUUGAUGUUUGGGAACGUUUUCCUAGAGUGUAAGCAUUAAUUAUUUCAUUCGAAAAAUCUAAAAAAUACUUCUAAAUUAUUAAUUGGAAAUUUUUGAAAAAGAAAAUGUAAACAAUUUCUAUCAUUAUAUAUCGAUAAAUAUACCAAAUACUAAUUUUAUACAUUUACCCCUCAAUUACGGCAUAACAUAAUGGUAAAACAAAAAUUUCAAAUCAAAUCACUCUGCAGCAGCGAAAAAAGUGAAUCAUAACCCUGUAGCGUUAGAAAACAAAAGUUGUAUACACUAUUUUGUAAGUGAAAUCAGUAACUUAACACACAAAAAAUAAAACAAUAUUAUUUAUAGCGUGAAGUAAAACUUUUUGUAUAAACAGACAAAAGAUAAACAAAACAAACAAAUCUGAAAACAGACAAACAAAUCCAAACAAAUCCAUUGAAGGCUAUCAAAACAAAUCAAGAAAACACGUCCAACUCUUUGCGCAACCGCAAGCAUAUAACAUUUCUAAACUCGUUUUUUUUCUCGAAAAUUCAAUAACUGUCACCGCGUCAUCAAACUGUCAUCCACAUUAAACAAUUCAUUCAGUGUUGCCAUACCCGCGGCGGGACAAAAUCUACCUACUAAUGUGUGUGUGAGUGAAAAGCGAAAAGCGAAAAACGAAAAACUGAUUUCCAUUUUUCAGAAUAAAAUUUGUAAUUGUACUACAUACCUACCCACUAGGAUUGAACGAACGUAAUCUCAAAAGUUAUAUUAUGUAAACAGAAAAGCAAGCGUUACAAAUAUUUAGUGGCGUAGUCUACGAAAUCAUGACACACUUUGAUUUCCAAGUUUUCUGCGCAGUCACGGUUGGAUUACCAUUACCGGCGAGUGCAUGACUGAUCAUAUAUUUAACAGCAAUUCAGCUUUGAGUUGUUUUUUUUUCGAUUUUUUACCCAUAUUUUCGUAACCACGGUUGUCUUGUCUCUGUUUUUUGCUAACGAACGAUAUACAUAAGCCAGAAACACAUUCAAAUUCCACGCACACAUUACAAUAUAUUCAACAACACUGUACUAGGGCGAAGGAAAAUUUCGCCGACAUCACUCUCUUACUAAAAAGUUCUCAUCUUUUUCACAUCUUUGAAAAAGGUUUCAAAGUGACCGCGAAAAUUUACACACAAACAUUUGAAAACAAGAAAAAAAAACAAAACACAAAACUGCGAGAUGGGCGACGAGAGUGUGAAGUUUGACACGUUUUUACCUUUGUACCACAGAGAACAGACGUCCAAGUCCAGUCCCGAAACUGUGUAAGGAAUUUAACGGCCAUUUGAAAUCGGCAACACAAGUGGCAAUAGCGUGGCGCUGCAAUCGGUUAAUUUCCCAUACUAAUUUAAUUCACCACUUGAAAUGUUUCAAUUCACCACUGACUGUGGCAAUAUGGUGUUUGGUGGCGUUAGUGUUGUCAUCGUAUAUUGGUUUGCAACCUUACUCAAGUAAAGAUUCAAAUCCUUACACAACUUUCCGAAUGAAAUUUGUUCUAGCCUGGAUGUCUGUUCUCUGUGUUUGUACAUAACAACUCUAUACCAGCGUAUUAUUAUAUUUCGAGUAUAAUGAAAGACUUCGAAGAAAAAAAUAAGCGCAGAAAAUAAAUCGACAAACAAUGAAA